AUGUGGUUCAUUCUGCCUGCAGUUUUACUCACUACCACCUAUGGCAUUGCUCCUGUCCGCUAUGACAGGGAAAAGGUCCUACGGGUGAAUCCCCAGGAUGAAAAACAAGUAAAUCUCCUAAAGGAUUUGGCCCAAACUUACCAGCUUGACUUUUGGUAUCCAGAUGCUGCCUACUAUGUAACUGCUAACAUGACGGUUGAUUUUCGAGUUGGUGAAAAGGAAUCUCAGUCCAUCCUGAAAGCUUUGGAUCAAAAUGAAAUGCUCUACAAAAUCCUAAUUGAUGACCUACAGGAAGAGAUUGAGAAGCAGUUUGAUGUUAAAGAAGGGGAGACAGUCAGACACAGCUAUGGAAAAUAUCAUAACUGGGACAAGAUUGUCGCUUGGAUGGAAAAGAUGUUGGAUAAACAUCCCAAAAUGAUCUCUCGCAUAAAAAUUGGAACCACGGUUGAAGACAAUCCACUCUAUGUUCUAAAGGUUGGGAAUAAGCAUGAAGGGAAGAAGGCUGUCUUUAUGGAUUGUGGUAUUCACGCCCGAGAAUGGAUCUCCCCGGCUUUCUGCCAGUGGUUUGUCUAUCAGGCAGCCAAAUCUUAUGGAAAGAACAAAAUCAUGACCAAACUUCUGGAUCGAAUGAAUUUUUAUGUUCUUCCUGUGUUCAAUGUUGAUGGAUAUAUCUGGUCAUGGACAAGGGAACGCAUGUGGAGAAAAAAUCGUUCUAAGAACCAGAACUCAAAAUGUAUUGGUACAGAUCUCAAUAGGAACUUCAAUGUGUCAUGGAACACUUUUCCUGACAACAGCGACCCAUGUGGCCCUGACUAUCGAGGCUCUGCAGCAGAGUCUGAGAAAGAGACGAAAGCUGUGACAGACUUCAUAAGAAGAAACCAGAAAUCCAUCAAGGCCUACAUCACCUUCCAUUCUUACUCCCAAAUGCUACUGUAUCCCUAUGGAUACACAUCAGAACUGCCCUCAAACCACAAGGAAUUGGAUAAAGUAGCAAAGAUUGGUGCUGAAGCUCUAGCCACUCGAUACGGAACCAAUUAUAUUUAUGGCCCAAUAGCAUCAACGAUUUACCCAACAUCAGGUUCUUCCUUAGACUGGGCUUAUGACCUGGGCAUCAAACAUACAUUUGGCUUUGAGCUCCGAGAUAAAGGCAGAUUUGGAUUUUUGCUUCCAGAAUCUCGGAUAAAAUCAACUUGUAAGGAGACAAUGCUAGCUGUCAAAUUUAUUGCCAAAUAUGUCCUCAAGCAUACUUCCUAA